CGGGAUUUACACAACUCCUGCAUGCAGUUUACCCUACGCUGGAAUACCCCUCGUCGGCCAGUGUCGUAUGGUCCCUCUGCGGAAGUAUAAUUCCUUAUCUGAAUUAUUAUUACCCUUGCUUGUCCAAGACUCGAUAAGCUAUUUUACCUUUCUUGAUUAAGCAGGUCGCAAACAUAGCCUAGCUACUCGCAUAUGAUCAUCGUGAAUGAUGAUGCAUGAUAGAUUUCUUGGACGGCAGUAUUUGCCGGAAAGCAGACUCCCACGUUGUUCAUAAAAGACCUUGUUCCGUGAUGGGGUUGCAGUUUUCAGUCUUGAGCACAGCUCUGAAUCUGCACAGGAGAGAUUCUUGUCGACAUGCAACUCCAGACGCUCAUAUUUGUCCUGCUCACGGUGGGUGUACGAGCGUCCCCAACCGUGACCUCCCCUUACGAUGCCGCCACUGCAUGUGCGGUUGUAUCGAGUAGCGCUUCUGCGUUCCUGGCAAUAUCGCCCAAAGCAACUCCGACAGUAGAGGCUCAGUUGGGGUAUGAUUGUCUGGCAUCUGUACCGCUGCAUGCACAACGAGCCAAAGACCUGGUGGAAGCUAUGCUCCCAUUUGUUCAAUGGCAAACUACGAUUGAAUACCUCAAAUCCCCACCAGAGGGCUAUACCGAACCAGCAGUGGAUCUUCCGUCAGGCUUUGCUGCUGUUAUUGCAAACAUUUCUUCCGGCGUCUACCAAACUGAAUACGAAUUUCAGGUUCAGCUCUGGAAGGUGGUCAACUCAGCACACGAUGGCCAUUUUAGAUUUCUACCCGACCUAUUGUCCAAGGCAAUAGCAUUCAGAAGGCCAUUUCCCCUGGUGUCUGUCAGUUUCGAUGGAAUUUCGUCUCCAAAGGUAUACUCCUACUAUGACGUGAUUGCGUCACAAAGCUCAGGUAUUGUCCCCUCCGCGCUUGCUAGCAUAGAGGGGGAUGAAGCUUCGGAGUAUAUCGAAAAAUUGUCACAACUUGGUGCACUGAAUGACCCGGACGCUUCGUAUAACUCUAUGUUUUUCAGCCCCGCGUUUGCGGCUGAGUCUCCGGGCUGGCAGGGCUAUUUCGCGGGCUCGGGGAGAUUCUCAUGGAUCUACCCUGGACCGAACACGACAAUCACUUUCGCGAACGGGACAGCUUUCACGGUGUUUAACAAGGCCGCUGUCAUUGGUGACUUUUCUGGAGUUACAGAUGGAAAUUCGUUCUAUCAGAAAUUCUGUAUGGGGACACCAACAACGACUGUAAACUCGACAACAACAUCGGUAGCGACCCCUUCUACCACGUCUUCAGCCACCUCUACGGCGGUUGUAUCAGCCAUUGGUUAUCCAUUGCCCGUUGUCAUUAGUUCUGACCAGCAAGUUUCAGGAUACUAUCUCCCAAAUUCUACUGUGGCAGUUCUGUCCAUGAUUAGUUUUGACCCGACUGUUCCUAUCCAAUUCCAGCAGGUCGUGCAGAAAUUCCUGGCCUCUGCUAAAGCAGACGGGAAAAAAAAACUCAUUGUCGACUUGGCUGCCAAUGGCGGCGGUCUGAUCCUGCAAGGUUACGAUACUUUUAGAAUGCUAUUUCCUCAAAUAGUGCAAGAUGGGAAUACCCGCUUUAGAGACACUCCGGAAUUUAUGGCACUUGCUCAGACUAUCUCAAGCGGGCUUCCGCCCGGGUUUGACCCAUAUACUUCGGACGAUGACCUCUUAAUCAGUGCGUGGGAAACAGUCCCAAACUACAGGUUCGAUUACAACAUCAUGAAUGAGCCAUUCUCCAGCUUCAACGAGAAGUUUGCGCCACACCAGUAUUACGGUGAUAAUUUCACCAACAUCAUUCGAUGGAACCUCAAUGAUAAUUUGACAACUAUCAAUGAGACUUACGGCAUGGGCGAAUAUAUCACGGGCUAUGGACCGAGAGCAAAUUUUACUCAGCCGUUCGCGGCCGAUGACAUUGUAAUGAUCUAUGACGGUUACUGCGCUUCAACAUGCACCAUAUUCAGCGAGUUUAUGCGAACCCAGGCUAGCGUCAAGUCAAUAGCUUAUGGUGGACGUCCUAACACCAACACUUCCACCCCACUAAUCCAAGCUAUUGGGGGCGUCAAAGGGACGAACAACUACGGCUACAGUUAUAUAAGCUCUCUAGCCAGUGCAGCACUUGAACUGAAUCCCACCACAAUCCAAAGUGCUUUUCUGAGGCCCCUAACCAACAUGCUUCCCUACGAGCGAAGUACAGAUACUUCGAUCAAUGUCCGGGACAACAUUCUUCCUGGCAAUCUAGGCGACGGCACACCUGCACAAUUCAUUUAUGAGCCCGCUGACUGUAGGUUGUUCUACACCCCAGCUAUGAUGGCCAAUGUGACUGCAAUUUGGGAAGCUGCUGCACUGGCCGCGUGGGGAGGCGGAAAUUGCAAUGCCGGUAGCUUGCCCUCCUCGAAUAUCAGCUCUCGUAGAGGACUAGGCUCGAGAGAGGAGGCGAUGAGAGUCACUGAGGUUGUGGAUAUCCAUUUAUCGACUCCAUUAAGGAGCGAAGAAUGGGUAGCCAAAUUCGCUAUGAGCUUCCCUAAAUGAAGCCAUAGUAGGGUUGUUUAGAGAGUUCAAAACCGGAAACGUUUAGUAUAC